GUUUUAUGCAUGUUUUUCAGAUUCAAGAGACCUACUGAAAUUCAAAACGCUGUUAUCUCUUGUGCAAUAAAGGAAAGAUGUGAUUUGUUAGGAGCAGCGGAAACGGGUAGUGGAAAAACUUUUGCAUUCGCGAUACCUUUGAUAACUCGUUUGCUAGAAGAAGGAAUAAGCAAAAAGGUUGAUAAACCUUUGCUAGGUGGACUGAUUUUGGCUCCUACUCGUGAACUUGUUAUGCAGAUAAAACGACAAAUCGAUGCUUUAUUAAAAUUUACCAAAUUUAAAAUAAUUACUAUAGUGGGUGGUUUGUCACAACAAAAGCAGGAGCGCUUACUUAGCUAUUGUCCAGAAAUAAUCGUCGCUACGCCUGGACGAUUUUGGGCGUUUUUGCAAACUGCUCCGUCUGGUAAUCAUCUGGAAGAUUUUUCCGGCUUGAAAUGCUUUGUCAUUGAUGAGAUGGAUCGAAUGGUUGAAAAGGAAAUUAGCUUUUGCAUCGCAUUUCUUGUUUAUUAUAUAUAUCAUUCAGAUGAAAAAAUGCAGACAUUGGUAUUUUCUGCUACUCUUACGUUUGUUCAUCCUCCUCCUAAACGUCUUAUCUCUCAAUCCAAGCAUAUGACUACGGAUGAAAAAAUACAACAGUUAGCUGCUUUUGCUGCAUUGCGUAAAAAUUAUAAAACUAUUGAUUUAACACGUUCAUUUGGAACAGCAGAAAGACUAGUGGAAGCAAAAAUUAAUUGUGCAAAUCUCCUUGAAAAGGAUACUGCUGUAUUAUAUUUGUUAAAACGAUAUAUUGGCAGAACUCUCUUGUUUAUUAAUUCAAUUGAUGCUGCAAGAAGAUUACAUGGGAUCCUUAAAAAACCACUGAUGUUGCAUGCUAAAAUGAUCCAAAAGCAGCGAUUGAAAAAUCUUGAAAAAUUUGCAGAAAAUUCAGUUCUAUUGGCCACUGAUGUUGCUGCUCGAGGUUUAGAUGUGCAGAAUGUUGAACAUGUUAUACAUUAUCAAAUCCCAAAAACUGCUGAGCUUUAUAUCCAUCGGUCUGGGCGAACUGCUCGUGCUUCGCAUAGAGGACUCACCAUUCUUUUAGUGGAUUUAUUAGAUGUACAAUUUUACCGAAGGAUUUGUCAAAAUCUUAACCGAGAAAAAGAUUUAUCAAUAUUUCCAAUUGAUUCGCAAAAUUUAUACAGUGCUUUAAAGGAACGUGUUGGGGUUGCCACUGAUUUAGAAUCUGUUGAAUAUCGUAUAAAAAAGGUAUUCUGA